AUGAACCUUUAAGAAGAAGAUAAAACAUUUGAAUCACGCAUAUAGAGAGACACAAAUCUUCCUCCGACUAGCCGAAACCCAAAUCAAUAAAUAGAUUCUGUUCCAAUUUAACAAUCACAUCAAGGAAGUGUAAUAGUUCCCCCAGAUGAGUCUAUGAAUAGCCAUGCAGAAGGUGGCGAGCAUGACGGCAAGUUAUAGUCCAUUAUAUAAAAGCUUAAGAAAAAUGCACAAGAAAAUCAAAAUAUUCAGGAAAAGACAGUUGGCAAAGGAGAAGCAUUACUGAAGGUCCACGGCAAGGAAUUAAUCCUGGAUAAAAGAGCUCUCUUUGCAUUGCAUAUAAGAAAUCGGGUUAGAUACUUUAUUAUCUAUGUUACAGAGUGGAAAUGGUUUGACAGGUUCAUCAUUUUUGUAAUCUUUUUGAAUUCGUUAUUUCUUGCAACAUAUGACUUCUCAGAUAGAAAUGAUGUUACUGAACGAUGGAUAGAGUUAGUGCCAGAAAUUCCGAAUCUGCGUGGACUCCGUACUUUAAGAGUUUUAAGGCCCUUAAGAUCAAUCAAUGCAAUUCCAAGUAUGAAAAAUCAAAUUACGUCACUUAUUAAAUCUCUCGGAUAACUCGUAAAUGUACUCUUGUUCUUGAUGUUCCUCUUUAUCAUAUUUGGAAUUCUAGGAGUUCAGCUAUUUUCUGGAUAAUUUUAUCAAAGAUGCAGAUUAACACCAAAACCAGAUGAUUUUGGUAACUGGCCUGUCGAUACAUCAAUAGAUCGACUUUGUGCGUAUCCAGGUUCAGAUGGAUGGUAUUAAUGUCCAUCGACAAGUUACUGUGGUUCCCCUGCGGACUUUGGAAUGGGAAUCGAUAAUGAAAAUCUCACCUAAGCAGAUUACAUAAACUACGGCAUAACAACAUUUGAUAAUCUAGGUGUUGGAAUGUUAACAAUUUUCUAAGUAAUUACCUUAGAAGGAUGGUCAGAUCUAAUGUAUAUGCUUAUGGACUCUGGCACACCUUGGCUAUCAUCCAUAUAUUUCAUAGCUCUAGUCUUUAUAGGCUAGACUAAAGAUUAAUAACAAAAAGAUGAUGAUAAAAAAAGGGAGCAAUUAAAAAAGGAUUUAUAACUAAAAGCAGAUGAACAGAGAAAAGAAAAAGAGGAAUUAGAAAAAUAAAAUAGAUUAAAUGACUAGGAUAAUAAAUAUCAUGAUUUAUCAGGUGAUUAGAAAGAUCUUGUUCAUAAAACCAAAAUCAUUAGAGACAAUGCUCCAAAUAUACUUCGAAGAGCAACUCCCGAAAGUAGAGAGUCAUAAUUAAGGAGAGAAAGAGAAAAAGAAAUUCAUAAUCAAGAUCCAAAAAUCAAUUUGUAUAGUGGCCAUGAAACGACAGAGAAGAAUUUUCUGCCAGUCAUUACUAACUAUGAGAAUAAAUUGAGAACCACAUUUUAUGAUUUAGAUUAGAAAAAGUUUAAAGUGGAAGAUAAUAGCAACAAUCUAACCAAUAAUAUCUCAUAAUAGUAAACUCCUAUUAACGUAAAUACUAGAGUAAUGGAGGGUGAAAAAUAUAAGGAAUAAGAGGACUAAUUCAAAAAUUCAGACGCUUCUCUAAUCAAUGAAAUUGUGCCAAAAUCUGAUAUAAUAAUCAAUGGUGAGACUAAAAUUAAUCAGAGUAACGCAAAAAAUUAAAGUCAAAUCACAAUGUUUAUGUCUGAAACUGAUGAACCUACAAUCUCUAAAAAAAAUAGAUCUAUUUGUCACAGGAUCUAAUAUGUAUUUUUCAGAAUUGCCAUGAAUCCAAUAUUUGCAACUGUAAUUGUAAUGCUCAUUCUAAUGAAUACACUCAUUCUAUCAUUUGACAGAUACCCUAUAGAUUAAAAUGUUUCCGAUUAAUACAACUAAAUUAAUACAGUUCUCACAUGGCUAUUCUUUGUAGAAAUGAUGGUGAAGUUAAUAGGUCUCGGACCAAAGCUUUAUUCAAAAGACAAGUUUAAUCUAUUUGAUGCUUUUAUUACUUGUCUCACAACAGCAGAAAAUUUAAUUGAUAUUUCCCCAGUAGAUAGCACAAUAUCUAGUGGUGGAGCCAUUUCUGGAUUUAGAGCGGUCAGACUAUUCAGAAUAUUCAAGCUAGCAAGACAACUUAAAAGUUUCUAAACAAUGCUUUAGAAAAUUGCGAUGAGUCUUAAAGAUAUUGGAAAUUUUUCUGUCCUAUUGUUCCUUUUUCUUUUCACAUAUACUUUACUUGGUAUGGAAAUCUUCUCCUACAAAGUAAAAUUUGCAAAAGAUGGAUCCAUAGAUUUGGAUAACGGAUAAUCUCCAAGGUAAAACUUUGAUAACUUCCUUCAUGGAUUUGUUACUAUUUUCAUUGUAUUAAUUGGCGACAAUUGGAAUACUAUAAUGUAUACUUUUUAUAAUGUUCAGGGGGGAAUUGCAGCAUUAUUUUUUGUUACUUUACAAGUAUUUGGAAAAUAUGUUCUUUUGAACUUGUUUUUGGCUAUUUUAUUACAAAAUUUUGAAGAUGAUGGAGCAGCUACCUAGCAAACUAUUAAUACAGAUCUGUCAGUAAGUAAUAAUACCUCAACUAGAAUCCAAAGAUUUAAAGACUCCAUAAGAGAUAAAAUAAGAUCUAUUUUCAAGAGAAACCAAAUAAAUGCUACUAGUUAAGUUCCUGAUAGUUUAAGUGUACAGUUCACAAUCCCUAACAUAGAGAAUGGAAACUAGUCUAUUAGGGGUUUAUAAGAAAGUGCCAGAGGAAAUAAUGAUAGAUCAGUUUCUGAUUUUAAUCUAUUUAAAAAUUUCGAUGGAGGACUUUCUCAACGGAAUUCAAUAAGUCUUAGAAACUAAAACUCUUAAAACGAAGGUCUAUUAAGCAGGCAAGAGAGUCUGAACAAUACACUUAGACAGAGCAAAUAAUUUUAGUAAUUCAAAAAAAUGCACACCAUAGGUGGAAAUGAGAACAUAAUACCAAUUGAUCCCAGUGCUAAUGAAAAGUCUAACUACUAAACUGAAAAUGAAAAUGAAGAUGUUUUUCAAGAUAACGGAGAAGUAGGUUAUAAUACUAACAGAAAUUUACUGACUAAAAGCGGUAAAUCAUCAAAGAAGAAGAAAAAUUUGUUUGAGGAUAUAACAAAUAAGACAUAAUCUAUCAAGAAUAAGUCAGAUAUAAUAAUGAGAGGCAAAUCCUUCUAUUUAUUUUCGCCAAAAAACUCCUUCAGAAGAGCAAUGCACCGUAUUGUCUCACACAGAUUCUUUGAUCCCUUCAUUCUAUCAAUGAUAUUGCUUUCAACAAUUAUGCUUGCUAUAGAUAACCCACUUGAUGACCCUAAUGGACUUCAAUCUAAAACUCUUGAAAAGAUAGAUUAUGUAAUAACAGCCAUAUUUUGUAUGGAAGCUCUGCUCAAGAUAUUUGUAUUUGGUCUAGUCAUUAAUGGACCAGAAAGUUAUUUGAGAGUAUCAUGGAAUAUUAUGGACUUUAUCAUUGUGAUAUUCUCUAUUAUCUCAAUAUUGCUAAGUGAUUUGAAUAUACAAUUCAUUAAAGUUAUCAGAAUGCUAAGAGUGCUUAGACCCCUAAGAAUGAUAUCUAGAAAUGAAGGUCUUAAAUUGGCUGUCUUAUCACUCAUUAAUGCUGUUCCUAGUAUAAUAAAUGCACUUGUUAUUUCUUUGCUAUUUUACAUACUUUUUGGCAUUUUUGCGACUAAUUUUUUCAAAGGUACAUUCUAUCAUUGUGUAACAGAUAAAAUAUCUCAAAUUUUGGAUAUUGAUAAAGAAAUUACAACGAAAUGGGACUGCCUAAAUGUCGGAGGUGACUGGAUUAAUACAAUAACUAACUUUGAUAACUUGCCUGUAUCUAUGAUGUCUCUAUUUAUCCUCUCGUCAACUGAAGGUUGGGGAGACAUUAUGUACAAUGGCGUUGAUGCGACUGAAAUUGAUCACUAGCCGGUAUAUAAUAUGAAUGAGGGCUGGGUAUUUUUCUUUAUGGUAUUUAUGAUUAUCGGUUCUUUAUUCCUUUUGAAUUUAUUCGUAUCUAUUGUCGUGAACACCUAUUAUGUUGAAAAAGAGAAGUUAAGUCAAAACGAUGUCUUGAAAAACUACCAGAAGUAAUGGCUUUUGAUUUAAUCACUAGGAUUCGAGGCUUAGCCAACAAAAAUAGAAAAGAGACAUGACAACAUUGUAUCCAAAUUUUGUCAGAAUAUAGCUGACUCUCCCAAAUUUGACUACUUCAUUAUUGGAUGUAUUAUUAUUAAUACUAUCUUAAUGGCUUUAACAUGGUUUUAAAAUCCUUAAGAGAUACCAGCAAAUCUUGAGAUUGUCAACUACUUUUUCACUGCAGUAUUUACUUUAGAAGCAAUUAUUAAAAUUAUAGCUUAUGGUCUUGGUUAUUUCAAACAAGGCUGGAAUAUAUUUGAUUUCGUAAUAGUCAUCAUAUCAUAUGUGACCUUGAUUAUUGGCCAGCUAUCAUCAGCGGCUGUAGGACCUAAAUAAACAACAAUAGCAAGAGCGUUUAGAAUAGGAAGAGUUUUUAGAUUGAUUAAAAAGGCUAAAUUUCUUAGAAUUAUUUUCAAUACUAUCAUUGUGACCAUACCAGCUCUUGCAAACGUCGGUGCACUCAUGUUUUUACUGCUAUUCAUUUUCUCAAUUCUUGGCGUACAGACAUUUGCAUUAAUAAAGCUUUAGGACAGUUUGAACUAUCAUGCAAAUUUCUAAAACUUUGGAAUGGCUUUUCUAACUCUGAUACGAUUACAAACCGGAGAAGGCUGGAAUAAUAUUAUGGAGGACACUUUGAGAACAAAAUCUGUAGUAUUUGAUUGUGAUGAUAGUCCAACAUAUGAUUCAAUCCAAUAGAAUGGAGGAGAUCCUAAUGGCUGCGGUACUGGAGCCGCUUAUGCAUACUUCCUUUCAUUUCAAAUUAUAGUGACCAUUAUAUUCUUAAACUUAUUCGUUGCUGUUAUAUUGCAAGGUUUCUCAACAUCAACCGAUGAAGAAGUCCUUGAAGUUUAUAAAAAGCAGAUAGAAGCAUUUAAAAAAGUUUGGGUAAAGUAUGAUCCUAACGGAACGGGCUAUAUAAAAAUUAACGAUAUGAAUGAUCUAAUUGAUGAUGUAGAAGAAGAAACUGAUAUUAUAACAGUAGUCAUUCAUAAAGAUUUUUCACGAAGGAGAUUCUUUAUUUCAUCCUUACAAGCACCAUGUUAUAAAAAUUUCUCGAUGUAUUACUUCCAAGAUAUUCUCUCAUGCCUCUAGAAAAGGUAUCUCUAGCAUCGCUAUGUCAUAGAAGAAAUUGAUAAAAUGGAAAUCGAUGUUUCAUAAUAUACUAUUCAAGCAAAAAAUAAGGAGUUAGAGUUCGAUGAAAUAAUUGAAGAAAUUCCAGAGAUAUCAGCCGAUAAGAAGAUUUAAAUAGUUGAGGAAAAUUUCAAACUUCGAACUAAAUAUACUAAGAGGCAAGAAGACAAAGUAGAUAAAUUUGAAGAUAAAGUAUAUGAUUCUUCUUAUAUCGUUUGGGUACCUGUUAUUCAAUAAAGAAUUAAACCUUUUCUCAAUAGAAUCCUUGAAAGAAAAAGAGAACAUGCUAGAAUUUAGAAUAUGCUUGAUAGGAAUAACUUGAGUCUAAUAAUGGAAACAGGAGGCUAGCCUAGCGCAAUGCAAUCACUUCAUAGAGAUGAUCCAAUCUAUACUUAAUCAGAAGAUGGAUUUACACCGCAUAGGAGACAUAGGCAAUCAAGACCAGAGGAAACCACUCAUUAGCUCUUGUCUAGUGAAUGGAAUGGACCAAAUGUCAAUAUUUAAAAUUUGAGACAAAGACCUUUAAAUAAUUCAAGUAACAUUCAUUAAAUUGAGGCAGAUAGGAGAGACUACGGACAGACCGGUGAGGUCGGUGGCACUAAUACCCUCUGUAACGGAGACGAGUCUUAUGAGCAUGAAUACUCAUAGGUCAUUCGUGAAGAGAUGAUAAGUAAUCCGAACUACAAUGGAAGUAUUAUACGAAGGUGA